AUGUUGCGUCACAACCAUUUAAACCACCGCAAUGGUUCCUACCUCCCCCGCCCGUGCGUCAGCUUACGGACAACUGCGUCUGGCCGUAGCUUCACUCUCUCCAUUCGCUCCUCUUCUUCUUUAUCCGCGAUUGUAAUUAAUGGAAAGGCUGAGGGCAAAAAGAUUAGAGAUGAUAUCAAAACCGAAGUUUCAAGAAUGAAGGAAUCAAUCGGUGUGGUUCCUGAAGAUUCAUCAGAAGAGGAGGUCUUGAGAUCUGUCUCAGGCUUCAACGAUGAUCCUUGUGUCCAUGGAAUCCUUGUUCAGUUGCCUCUGCCAUCGAAUAUGAAUGAACUGAACAUAUUGAAUGCGGUUAGUAUAGAGAAAGACGUUGACGGAUUUCACCCGCUAAACAUUGGACGCCUUGCCAUGCGCGGAGGAAAACCCUUAUUUGUACCGUGUACUCCCAAAGGAUGCAUUGAGUUAUUGCGUAGAUACAACAUUGGCAUCAAAGGUAAAAGAGCGGUUGUUAUAGGAAGGAGUAACAUUGUUGGUAUGCCAGCUGCUCUGUUACUGCAGAGGGAGGAUGCAACUGUUAGCAUUAUCCAUUCAAAAACAGAGAACCCUGAAGAAAUUACAAGAGAAGCUGAUAUUUUAAUCUCAGCUGCUGGACAACCAAACAUGGUCAGAGGAAGCUGGAUAAAACCGGGCGCAGUCGUCAUCGAUGUUGGGACUAAACGUGUUGAGGAUUCAAGUGCUCCUUGUGGGUUCCGAUUGGUUGGAGACGUUUGCUACGAGGAAGCUUGCAAAGUUGCAUCAGCCAUCAGCCUGUUCCUGGUGGUGUAG